AUGCAACUCAAGAUGCUCACCUCUAUGGCUCGAGGCCAACCCGGAAUUCUACAUCACAUUACCUCCAGCCUCGUCUCCUUCGAAUACACCCGCGGAUCCCCUCGCAAACCACACACCCUUCUCUUUGUAGGCGGCCUUGGCGAUGGCCUCGGCUCUGUGGAAUAUCUCGGUGAUAUUGUGCGAGCCCUCGACUCGACAGAAUGGACCGUAUUCAACCUGAUUCUGUCCUCGUCAUACGGUGGCUGGGGCAUGGGCCGGCUUGGCAAGGACAUUGAUGAGAUCGCACAAGCUGUGGAGUAUAUCCGCGAAUACAAGACGCCACAGUAUGGUGCUGGCAAAGUCGUUAUCAUGGGCCAUUCAACGGGCAGCCAGGACGUGAUGCACUACAUUAACUGCCCGAAUCCUCGACCUGCAAACCCAAUCUUUGACAAAGACUGGGAGCCCAUUCUGAGAACACCUGUGGAUGGUGCUAUUAUGCAAGCGCCUGUUUCGGAUCGCGAGGGUAUUCUUUGGGUGAUCAAGUGUGGCACAGCAAGGGAUAGCCCAGCGGCGAUGCGAGAGUUGUACAACAAGGCCGUUGAGGAGGCUCGCCGAAAUACAUAUGAAGAUAACAACUCUGUUGACACAGUGGUUCCACUAUCUGUCACUGGUCGCAUAGGCUAUCCGCCCACUGCGCCAGUCAGUAGCCGACGGUUCCUGAGCCUGGUGAGCCCGGAUAGUCCGGAGAAGCCAGAAGAGGACGAUCUGUUCAGUUCAGACUUGAGCGAUACGCGGUUAAAGGAAACAUUUGGCAUGGUGGGAAGGCGAGCAUUGCUUAACCAAAAACUUCUGGUUCUAUAUUCUGGUCGCGAUCAGUCGGUGCCGCCUUGGGUCAAUAAGGAAGAGCUACUUAAAAGGUGGCAGAGAGCCAUCAAUGUCGAGGGGCGGGAAUUCUGGGACCAUCGUAGCAUGGUCAUUCCUAAUGCAUCACACGCUCUAAGUGAUUCAGAUCAAGCAGAGCCACGGCGGAUUCUGGUGGAAAGAGUGACAUCAUAUUUGAACGACAUUCAAAAGGCAUAG